AUGUCGAAGAUAGAAUUAGGCCGUUAUCUAUUCGAAAGAUUAAAACAAGUCGGCGUGCAUACCAUCUUUGGUUUACCUGGUGAUUUCAACUUGGUGUUGCUUGACAAAUUAUAUGAAGUGGAAGGAAUGAGAUGGGCAGGUGACACUAACGAAUUGAACGCUGCAUAUGCUGCUGACGGUUACGCUAGAGUUAAAGGUAUGGCUUGUAUGGUUACUACCUUUGGUGUUGGUGAACUUUCUGCUUUGAAUGGUAUUGCAGGUUCAUAUUCCGAACAUGUAGGUGUUUUACACGUUGUCGGUGUUCCAUCCACAUCAUCACAAGCUAAACAACUAUUAUUACAUCAUACUUUAGGUAAUGGUGAUUUUACUGUGUUUCAUAGAAUGUCUGCAAAUAUUUCACAGACAACUAGUGUCAUUACAGACGUCACGACAGCCGCAUCUGAGAUCGAUAGAUGUAUUAGAUCCACUUAUAUUUAUCAAAGACCUGUCUAUUUAGGAAUUCCCGCAAAUUUCUUCGAAUUAAAUUUACCUACUUCUUUGUUAGAUACACCAAUUGAUUUAUCUUUAAGACCUAACGAUUUGGAAGCAGAAAAUGAAUGUGUUGGCCAAAUUAUAAGAAUGAUUCAUAAAGCUAAGAGCCCAAUAAUUAUAUCCGAUGCAUGUGCCUCUAGACAUAACGUGAAACGGGAAACUCAAGAAUUGAUAGAUGUGACUCAAUUCCCAGCAUUCAAUACUCCAAUGGGGAAAGGUACUAUCGAUGAGAAUCAUCCAAGGUAUGGUGGGAUAUAUGUUGGUUCAUUGUCCAAACAAGAUAUUAAACAAACUGUAGAGUCUGCAGACUUGAUUCUUUCAAUUGGUUCAUUAUUAUCAGAUUAUAAUACAGGGUCAUUUAGUUAUUCAUAUAAGACGAAAAAUAUGGUGGAAUUCCAUUCGGAUCAUAUGAAGAUUAAAAAUGCGACAUUUCCUGGUGUACAAAUGAAAUUUGUAUUACAAAAAUUAGUAGAGAAAAUCCCUCAUUCUAAUAUAAAUUAUAAACCUAUUCCAAUCCCAGAACCAUUACCACCAAAUAAUGAAAAUAUACCGGAUUCUACACCAUUGAAGCAAGAAUGGUUAUGGAGAGAAUUAAGUAAGUUUUUAAUUGAAGGUGACAUUGUCAUAACAGAGACCGGUACAUCAUCAUUUGGUAUCAACUCUACAACAUUUCCUGCAAACACAUUAGGGAUAUCGCAAGUGCUAUGGGGGUCUAUAGGUUAUGCGGGUGGUGCUGUAUGUGGUGCUACGUUUGCCGCCGAGGAAUUAGACCCAGAAAAGAGAGUUAUCCUAUUUAUCGGUGAUGGUUCUUUACAAUUGACAGUACAGGAGAUCUCUACUAUGAUUAGAUGGAAUUUACAUCCAUACUUGUUUAUUUUGAAUAAUGACGGUUAUACAAUCGAAAGAUUAAUACAUGGACCUGAAGCUGCAUAUAAUGCAAUUCAAAGCUGGGAUCAUUUACAAUUAUUACCAGUAUUUGGUGCCACCGAUUAUGAAACGUAUAGAGUCUCCACGGUUGGAGAAUGGAGAAAAUUAACUAAUGACAAGUCAUUUCAGAAAAACUCUACAAUUAGAAUGAUAGAGAUAAUGUUACCUGUGAUGGAUGCACCUGUUGCAUUGAUUGCGCAAGGGAAGCUAUCUGAACAAUUGAAUGCUGGAAAUUAG